AUGAACACUCGGCCAGGCUCCCCAAAGACGGUGUUAGUCUUUGGACCACAGGCUCUUUCAUUCAACCAGAAAUCCUUCCACGACCUGCGAGCCGGUAUUACAAGUUCACCGGCUCUCAGCUGGGUUCCUAACGCCAUGGCCGAACUCCCGCACUAUUUUGGGAAAGUCACCACGGAAUUUCCUCAGCUCAACCUUGUGCGCGGGGCACAACUUCUCCAAGCUUUGGCCGAGUGGGUAGCUACAGGAAGCCUGACUGGUCUGACCAUAUCACCACAUGUACCGAACAUCGUCUUGACUCUGAUCUCCGUUCUGUCACAAUUGGCUGCGUACACUCAAUAUCUCGAGUUGUGUGAUCCAGGCUUGGAUGAAUCUCACACCUUGGCAAACACUGAGACUGUCGGGUUUUGCACCGGCCUUCUGACCGCAUUAGCGGUAUCCUUGAGCGAUACCGAGACCGAAUUCGCGCGCAACGGUGCUACGGUGCUGCGCCUGGCCAUGCUAGUCGGAGCUGUCGUAGAUGCCCAAGAUGCGACUGACGGAGGGUCAAUAUCUGUCUCCGCGGUUUGGAAAGCACCUAAUGGGUUAGACACCCUUGAGAAACUUCUCGACUCAAGUGAUGCAUACAUCUCCGUUCGUUAUGAUGAAGAUAGAGUGACGGUGACAACUUCAAGGUGCAGCCUGCCGGAGCUGCUGGCAAAUGCCAGCUUGACCGGCAUCACGAUGAAGGAACUUGGUCUCUCGGGCCGUUUCCACAGUGACAUCCAUGGGGAUUUGCUAGAGCCUCUGAGCCGCUUUUGCGACUUAAACCCGGCCUUCCGGCUCCCCGCGGCAUCGGAACUAAGGAUUCGUUGCAGGAGAGAUGUAACUGAGACGGGUGAGAACAUCAUGACUGGCAAUCUCUCAGCUAUUGCCCUAGAGGCUUUACUCGUAAAACAAUCUCAAUGGUGGAAGACCUUCUUGUCUUUUUGCUCGGUUGGAAAAGAAGCUGCAACCAUUGUCACUCUUGGGCCAGAACGAUGCACACCUCCGUCAUUGAUCCAUAGAGUCCCAUUAGGCUUCCAGUUCAUACACUUCGCGGAUUUUGUUGCGAAGUCUGAUUCCAGUCACCCGGUGCAGUCACUAGCAGACCCCGAUAAUGACAUUGCCGUCAUUGGAAUGAGCUGCAAGGUGUCUGGGGCAGAUGAUCUAGUCGAGUUCUGGGAUAUUCUUUGCAAAGGGCAGUCUCAGCAUACUGAGGUUCCCAAGUCGAGAUUCUCAUUUGAGACCAGUUUUCGCGAUUUCGACCAGCAGAAGAAGUGGUAUGGUAACUUUGUCAAAGAUUAUGAUGCCUUCGACAACCGGUUCUUCAAAAGAUCAGCCCGAGAAGCGGCUUCGAUGGAUCCCCAACAGAGGUUGUUAUUGGAGGUGGCUUACCAGGCUGUAGAGCAAUCUGGAUAUUUCCGAAAUAGGACCCCCUCCCCGGAUGUGGGCUGUUAUAUUGGCACCUGUGCUGUCGACUACGAAAGCAAUGUGGGUUGCCAUGCCCCAAAUGCAUUUUCGUCAACUGGCAACCUACGUGGAUUCAUUGCAGGCAAAGUGAGUCACUAUUUUGGCUGGACUGGACCAGGUCUCACUCUCGACACCGCCUGUUCAGGUGCCGCCGUCGCUGUAAACCAGGCUUGCAACGCAAUUCUUAGUGGCGAGUGUGCAAUGGCUCUUGCUGGAGGUGUGAACAUCAUUUCGCAGCCGUUACCGUACCAAAACCUUGCUGCCGCAUCCUUCCUCAGCCCCACUGGGCAGUGUAAGCCUUUCUGUGCCAACGCAGAUGGCUACUGCCGCGGAGAGGGCGUUGCUGCUGUUUUUUUAAAGAGAAAGUCAGAAGCAAUUGCGGAUGGUGACCAGAUCUUUGGGAUUAUAUCUAGCACCGCGGUUUCUCAAAAUCAAAACUGCACACCUAUAUUUGUACCAAACGCGCCAUCUCUUUCAGACCUCUUUCUGAAGGCUCUGUCCAAAGCGCAUAUGGAAGCAUGGCAGAUUUCAUAUGUUGAAGCACACGGAACUGGAACAGCUGUAGGUGAUCCUGCAGAGUAUGAAAGUAUCAGUCAGGUCUUUGCCGUCCCUAAGCGGGCCAAAGCCCUGCAGCUCGGUUCAGUGAAGGGUCUUGUUGGCCAUACAGAGAGUACCUCUGGCCUGGUAUCGCUUAUAAAGGUACUUCUGAUGAUGCAUCAGAACUCCAUUCCUCCACAGGCAAGCUUUAGUACCAUGAACCCACACAUCAAAGUCAGCAGCUCAGUUGCAAUCGCGACAUCCUCAAAACCCUGGAGCGAUGAAUUCAAGGCGGCACUUAUAAACAAUUAUGGUGCUUCCGGAUCAAAUGCCUCAAUGAUCGUGACCAAGCCACUCGGUCAUCAUGCUGCUGUGUCCGAGGCUACCGGGGAAGUCAAGUACCCGUUCUGGUUUUCUGCCUUCGAUGAGAAGAGCCUCCGGGCCAAAUUCAGCAAGCUAAUACCUUUUUUGGCGUCCAAAAUCGACAAGAUUUCUCUCAAAACCGUGUCCUUCAAUGUCUCGCGUCAGUCAAACCGACAGCUCAGUCGAGCUAUGUUGGUUAGUUGUUCAACGAUUGAGGAAUUGUGUGAUAGAAUUUCUGGGGAAUUGUCCAUCGUUGAUCGGCCUUCAUCUCGUCCAGUGGUCCUCUGUUUUGGUGGCCAAGUUUCUACGUUUGUUGGCCUGGACCGCAGCAUUUUAGAAGCCACAAGACUCUUACGCUCGCACUUGGAUGACUGUGACAAAACUUGCUAUUCUCUCGGCUUCGGUAGCAUUUACCCUGAUAUAUUUCAAAGAGCGGCAAUCAAGGACCAUGUGAAGCUCCAACUUUGUCUCUUCUCCAUACAAUACGCUUCGGCAAAGAGUUGGAUUGACUGCGGUGUCCAUCCCUCAGCUCUGGUCGGCCAUAGCUUCGGAGAACUCACUGCGCUCUGCGUCUCAGAGGCCUUGAGCCUCGAGGACACAGUGAAGAUGAUUGCCGGUCGUGCUAAGAUUGUUAGAGAUCAAUGGGGACCUGAAAAGGGGGCGAUGAUGGCAGUUGAGGCUGAACUGGACCAGGUUACUGAGGUCAUCCAAUCUGGCGAUUCAAUGUCAAUCGCUUGCUAUAAUGGUCCAAGGAGCUUCACCAUUGCUGGGACCGCUCAAGCAAUCGAUGACGCUGCACAGCUGAUUUCUUCUAACGCAAAAUUUUCCUCAAUGCGUGCGAAGAAGCUCAACGUCACCAAUGCCUUCCACUCCACUCUAGUUGAGGGCUUGAAGCCCAGUCUAGAAGACAUGGCAUGUGACUUGCAAUUCAAGAGUCCAGUCAUACCGGUGGAGUUUGCCACCGAGCAAGAGUCCCAUAGGUCUCUGAGCCCAAAAUUCGUGGCAGAUCAUAUGCGCAACCCUGUUUAUUUCAAUCAUGCUGUGCAGAGACUUUCCAAGAAGUAUCCUUCCAGUGUCUGGCUUGAGAUAGGGUCGAAUUCGACGGUCAUCAAUAUGGCCAGUCGGGCCCUUGCAUCAUCUUCCGACAACUCAGCCUGUCAGGUCUUCCUGCCUAUGAAUAUCACUACCGACAAUUCAAUAUCUCAUCUCACAUCCACGACUCUCGGCCUAUGGAAAGCCGGUCUGGACAUCACUUUCUGGCAGCACCAUCGAUUGCAGACUGCCGAGUAUCCUGUAUUACUGCUACCACCGUAUCAGUUUGAGAAGUCCAAACAUUGGCUAGACUUGCAGGUCCCACCCAAGGUAGUUUCGUCCGCUUUGGUGGUCGAAAAAGAUCAAGCUCUCUGGUUGUUUGAGGGGUACCAAGACUCCAAGCAGCAAUCUGCCCGUUUCCGGGUCAAUGCCGACUCGCAGCUGUACAAAGACCUCUUAUUUGGUCAUUUAAUUGCACAGACAGCGCCUAUCUGCCCGGCGACAGUUGAAGUAGAUAUCGCAAUUGAAGCCCUGAUGAGCCUGCGUGUUGAGUUUAGAGAUGGCACACUGCAGCCACAUAUAUCCAACGUCAGCAAUCAUGUCCCUAUCUGUUUCGACUCAUCACGUGUUUUUCGUGUCCACCUCAUGGCCAUCGACACUGAUGCAAAGGUCCCCCGUAAAUGGACAUGGAAAUUUGUCGGUGAGGUUCCUGGAAAGAGUGCAUCCAUGACUGUCCACGUGGAAGGUCAGAUAAUUUUCUCUCCAGUCGAUGAUGCACACUUACAAAUGAAUUUCGGCCGAUACGAACGCUUGGUUAAACAUCAACGCUGCCUAGAUGUCCUCUACGGUAAUGACGAUUCUGACGACAUUCUACAGGGUUCGAGUAUCUAUAGAAUGUUCGAUGACGUUGUUCAAUAUGGAAACCAAUAUCAAGGUCUGCAAAGGCUAGUGGGAAGAUCUGCGAAAAGCGAGUCUGCUGGACGAGUUGUCAAGAAAUUCAAAAAUGAAACUUGGCUCGACGCCCAUCUCUCAGACUGCUUUAGUCAAGUUGGCGGUAUAUGGGUCAAUUGCAUGGCUAACCGAACACCUGGAGAAAUUUACAUUGCCAACGGGUUUGAAAAAUGGGUUCGGUCGCCUAAACUACGAGUCGGUGACUCUCGGCCUGAAUUUUGGGACGUUCUUGCAUGCCACGAGAAGCGUGGUGAUAAUGCCUUUCUCACGGAUAUUUUCAUCUUUGACCCCAGGACUGGAGCAUUGGCCGAAGUCAUCCUAGGUAUCAACUAUGCCAAGGUAUCAAAGGUGUCCAUGAGCAAGCUGAUCUCCCGGCUCACCACCCAAAUGACGAUCGACGUGAUGACAAGUUCUCUGACAGACAACAUCCCGAGCACUACAAGUACGCUUGAUCCAAAGCCCAACGUACAAGUUGUCGAUAAGGGUGUCCGAGAAUCGAUAGUGUCACCCAGCCCACAAAUUGAUCUGAAGCCCCGGCUAAGGGACAUUAUUGCAGAUCUAUCUGGCUUCGACGCUGUUGAGAUCAAGGAUGAUGCACAUUUACCUGAUUUGGGAAUUGACUCUCUGAUGUGUAUGGAGCUUGCGCGUGAGAUUGAAGAUGCCUUUAACUGCACUGUUCCGACAGAGGUCCUGAUGGAAGUCGACACCUUCCAAGCCUUUGUUCAGAGUGUUGGGUCAAUCCUUGGAUUCGAGCCGGGUGUUGCCUCCGCCAGUGGUAGCGCAGAUUCUUCCGCCGGGUCGGGUGACGAAGCAGCGCAAACUUCAGGCCUUCAAACCCCGUCAGAAUCUGCAGAAGAGGAUUUUCUUGACUUGAGUGGGGUCAAAGACAUUUCUGAGCUUGAAAAGCCUGUUCUCGAACUUCCAUCUUCGGUAGUGCUCAAAGCCUUUGCUGAGUGCAAGGAACUGACGGAUUUUUUUAUAGAGGAAUUUGGCUGCACCAGCUAUCUCGAGAGGGUGAUGCCAACGCAAACCAAGAUGUGCAUUGUGCUCACCCUUGAUGCAUUCGCAGAGCUCGGUUGUGACCUUAGGGCAGCGAAGCCAGGUCAGGUAAUGGAGCGUGUUGUUCAUGUUCCAUUGCUCAAUGGACUGGCCAACUAUCUCUAUGAUAUGCUUGAGAAAGAAGCACACAUGGUCAAGCUUGAUGGUCUCCAGAUCAUUCGCACUGCAGUCCCGGCUCCGACGAUCUCCAGCUCUGAGCUGCUGCAUAUCCUACUUCGCGACGCUCCCCAGCAUCUCUAUCCUCAUAAACUGACACAUUUUGCUGGUUCGAGGCUUGCAGACGUUUUGUCCGGCAAAUCUGACGGAAUUAAAGUCAUCUUUGGAUCAGAGGAAGGGAGGAAUUUGGCCUCAGGUCUCUAUGCCGAUUCCCCCCUGAACAAGCUGUCGUAUGCACAGAUACAAGACUUUUUGAAACGACUUGUUUCAAGACUACCAGCAGAUGGCAAUCCACUGAAGAUCCUGGAGCUUGGAGCUGGGACUGGGGGAACUACGAAAUGGAUCGUUCCCCUUCUAGCAGGGCUGGGUAUCCCCGUGGAAUAUUGUUUUAGUGAUCUCGCCCCUUCGUUCGUGGCAGCUGCCAGAAAACGUUUCGGGAAAGAGUAUUCGUUCAUGAAGUUUCAAACGGUCGAUGUGGAGAAAGACCCCCCCGCAGAACUCAUUAAUAGCCAGCAUGUGGUGUUAGCCAGUAAUGCUGUGCAUGCGACUCACAGCUUGACUAAAUCGCUGGGCAACAUCCGGAAGACACUUCGCCCAGACGGCUUCAUGAUGAUUCUGGAAAUGACCAGGACCAUCUACUGGGUUGACAUGAUCUUCGGUUUGCUGGAAGGAUGGUGGCUGUUUGACGAUGGCCGCAGUCACGCAAUCGCAGACCAGUCCCGGUGGGAGCAGGACCUGUACUCGGUCGGGUACAGCCAUGUCGACUGGUCUGACGGAAAUCAUCCAGAGUCGGCCAUUCAGCGCAUUAUCCUCGCCUUGAACGGCAGUGGUGACGGUGGAAUUCCCUCUGCAGCUGAAGUUGAAGCCCGACAGCGCAUGGUUGAUUCCUAUGUGGAAAAGUACACUGUCAGCUUUUCUGCGCCAUCCCCUGCUCCAAGAACUACAGUCCCGGCCAAGGAUAUAUGUAUACUGGUAACAGGAGCCACGGGGAGCCUAGGGUCGCACCUUGUGGACUAUCUAUCGCACUUACCCCAUGUGAAGACAGUGGUCUGUUUGAAUAGGAAAACCACGAUAGAUGCGUACCUUCGCCAGGUUCAGGCUCUGGAAUCGCGAGACCUGAGUUCCACGGAGCUCUCAAAGGUAAAAGUGAUCGACGCUGACUCGUCGAAACCGCUUCUAGGUCUUGAACAGAAGGCAUACAACGAACUCGUCGCCACGGUCACUCACAUUAUCCACAACGCCUGGCCGAUGAGUGGUACGCGACCACUAAAGGGAUUUGAGGGUCAGUUUAAGGUUAUGCGUAACCUUGUUGACCUGGCCAGCGCGGCAGUGUCUAGUCGCGGCUCGGUCAUCGGUUUCCAGUUCGUCUCGUCCAUCGCCGUCGUGGGCCAUCACCCUUCUACCCGAUCAAAUCACUGCCUUGUCCCAGAAGAGAGAAUUCACACUGCUGCAUCAGUGCUCCCGAAUGGUUACGGUGAUGCGAAGUGGGUUUGUGAGCGUAUGCUAGACGAGACACUUCAUCGAUACCCCCAGCAUUUCACCGCCAUGGCAGUGCGACUAGGUCAGAUUGCGGGGUCCAGAACAAGCGGCUACUGGAAUCACAUGGAGCACUUCACAUUCAUGGUCCAGUCGUCGCAGACACUUGGGGUUUUCCCCAAGCUUGACGGCGUGAUGUCCUGGACCCCAGUCAACGAUGUUGCGGCCGCGUUGGUAGAGCUUCUUCUCCACGACAACAGCGACCCGCACCCGAUUUACCAUAUUGAUAACCCAGUACGCCAGCCAUGGAGCGAGAUAGCUUCGGUGUUAGCCGACUCAAUUGACGCCAAGCUCAUUCCCUUCCAAGAGUGGGUUGGUAGGGUCAGGUCUUACCCUGGUCCCGUCGAAAGGGAAAACCCGGCAAUUAAGCUCAUUGACUUCUUCGAACAAGACUACACUCGCAUGUCGUGCGGUGGGCUGUUAUUAGACACUACCCUCGCCUGUACACGAUCAGAAACACUCAGGAAUGUAGGGCCGGUGGAAGCUAAAGUUGCUCGGAAAUAUGUCGAGGCCUGGAAGGUGGCUGGCUUUUUGAAGCCAUAG